AUGCAGGGGGUUAUCGGUUACGAAGGCCUCUUCUCACAGUACCGCUUCGAUCAGCUAGACAUACACCCAAAGCUACUCUCAGCGUUGAGGGUCAUGGGUAUUGAUACAGCCACUGAGAUUCAAGCGAGGGCCUUCGUCCCCUUAUCAAUGGGCAGGGAUCUCAUUAUAAACGCCGAGACUGGUAGUGGGAAGACGCUUAGCUACCUGCUGCCCAUCUUCAACCGGAUUUACUUCCUUACUGAUGCCCCCGAUGAAGGGAAGGUCGGUGGUGGUAGUCGGCGACACAAGGCAGUCCUGCCUCCACCCACAGUCAUAAUAUGCCCGACUUAUGACCUCUGUGCCCAGGUUCUGAGUAUGUGUAAAACACUGGACUCGGUGGGGCGACGGGUUCAACUACAGAGUCUUGUCAAGGUCCCUCAAUUCUACCCAAUUACCUUCACCAACACCACCCGGAGGAAGAGUGUACCACAGACCCCAACGCCAGGCUCGGCUGCGCAGCCUUUCGAUGAUACCUAUCUGGGAGGAGACAGUGUGAUUCACGAGGAAAGACCCGAGCAUUUACCUCAGGCUACUGCGGGACUCCAUGAACACUAUUGGUCCCCUCGAAUACGGUGGGGGGCUGUUGACAUCGUAGUCACUACCCCUCAUCAUUUCGUAGCCGACUUGGAUCGAUGUGCUGAGACUGGUAGCUCGGCUAACCAGCUCCAUCCAGCUGCGGUCAUCUUCGACGAGGCCGACAUGAUAUUCCACGAGAUGAGGUCAUUGAUGGUGAUGGAGGCUGGUGCCCUUUAG